AAAUCUAAUAAAUGUCAUUGUCAAAUCGGAUCGAAAAUCGAAAUUCUCCGAGAAAAUAUUUUUGUGGAACUGGAACUGCAACACCGUUUAUUGGGUAAAAAAACAAAGAUUCUCCCAAUAAAGGCCUAAAAAUGGCUUCUGCGUUAACAAGUCACUUAAAAACUAAAUUAGUACCCAAAAAUGGGUACAUGAGCAUUGUUUAUAUCAAGUCUGCUCAAUACAGUUCCGAUGGUAGACCUAAUUUGGCUGCCUAUAAAAGAGGAACCGGUGGUCGCAGCAGUUUCAAUGGUAUUGUAGCUACUGUGUUCGGAUGCACGGGAUUUGUGGGCCGCUAUGUGUGCAACAAGCUUGGGAAGACUGGCACACAGAUGAUUCUGCCAUACAGGAGUGACUUCUAUGAUGCAGCAAGAUUGAAGUUGUGUGGUGACCUAGGUCAAGUGUUGUUCACACCUUUUGAUUUACUGGACGAAGAGUCAAUUGCUAAAGCAGUUCGCUAUUCCAAUGUUGUAAUUAACCUUGUGGGCCGUGACUAUGAGACCAAGAACUUCAAAUACAUGGAUGUACAUGUGGAAGGUGCCAGGCGUAUUGCUAGAAUCAGCAGAGAAAUGGGAGUGGAGAGAUUUAUCCACCUAUCUUAUUUAAAUGCUGAGGAGAACCCUGUGCCGCUUGUGAUGAAGAAGCCUUCCAUGUAUAAGGUCAGCAAAUAUUUGGGUGAAUGUGCUGUGAAGGAAGAGUUUCCCACUGCCACCAUCUUCAGAGCUUCUGACAUCUAUGGCUCAGAGGACAGAUUUAUAAGAUCGUUUGCGACUUUCUGGCGACGUCACAGCCACUACAUGCCACUGUACAAGAAUGGUAAAGAGACCAUCAAGCAGCCUGUUUAUGUAGCUGACGUGGCUGCCGGUAUUCUGGCAGCAGCACGCGACCCUGACACCAGGUGUCAGAUUUAUCAGGCUGUUGGGCCAAAAAGAUACAUGCUCAGUGACCUGGUAACCUGGUUCUAUGCUCUUACGCGAAGAGAUGAGAAGUGGGGAUUCCGCCACUAUGAUAUGAAAUACGAUCCCAUUUUCCCGUUCAAGGUGUGGGUUGCUAAUGCCCUGUCACCUGCUUAUCCUUAUGGUGGUCUACACUGGGAAAGUCUAGAAAAGGAAGCUACAACAGACAAACCAGUGAGAGGUGUACCUACCCUAGAAGAUCUUGGAGUUACCCUCACAAAUAUAGAAGAUCAAGCACCUUGGGAACUGAAGCCCUACCGUGCUUACCAGUACUAUAUAGAUCAACUUGGAGAGUUCCCAACCCCUGAACCACCAAAAGUUCAAACAGCAUUGUAAAUUCAUUAUUUAUGUACUAUUGUGAUCUAAACUAGAGUGGUAGAGCUCUUCUAAUAAAUUAUGUUUUGUUUUACAAAGUUAUUAUCAUUAUUCAUGUGACCAUUUAGUUGAUAGACACUGAAAAUAAAACAAAAUAUUACAGAA